AUGCUGUUCGCAUGUUAUAAUAGAAUUCAAAGAAGAUUGGGCCCAAUAGAAGAAUGGUCAGAAGAAGAAUUUAAUGAACUCGAAGCAGCUUUGAUGGAACUAGGCUAUAAUUGGCAAUUGAUUGGAGAACGAUUAAAUAAACCACCUCAGACGGUAAAAAUAUAUGUUGCCGCAAAUCGAAAGAAACUUAAAAAAUGUUUAGGUGAAGAUCGAAAACCAGCUUUAUCUACUGAUGAAGAAAGUGGUUCAAGUACUUCAAGUUGUGAGGAAAAUUUAAUUGACGGUGAUAGACAUUCUAGUGACACGGCUAGUGCAGCCGAAAGCCCUCCUGUGCAAAGUUCAAAUGAUAGCAUAAUAAAAAAAAUAGAUUAUGAUUCUAGUGCAACAGAAACGGCAGAUGAAGCUCAAACUCCAGACCAAUUUCAAGGAGCUGCAACUAUAACACCAGUUAGUAAUGAUGGACAACCACUAAGCGUUAAGGAUUUGGUGUUGAACGUGAUAGAAUUUUCGCUUAUGAAAAAUCCAGGAGGACAACAAACUCAAAAUCCUCCAUCAAGUGGUAUGGCUCCUACUAUAUCUUCAAUUUUGAAUAAUGAUUCUAACGAGGUAACUAUUGUUAGUGAAUAUAAUCUAAACAACAUAAACAAUCAACAAAGACAACAACUCCAACAACGUUCUGAUAUUAAUUUAGCAAAAUUAGUGACUCCUCUUAUAGGAGCCACAAUAACACCUGUAUCUGGACCUGUACAAUCACAAAAUCAAGUAGAAUCGCUUCAGUCGUCUAGAGACGAUUUAAUAGUUCUGCAAGUUCCAGACGGUAGAGAACCGGAAACAUUAGAUCUCAGCUUAAAGAAACCCAGAGAAACACUUCAACCUGUACAUAACAAAACUCAAACACAGUCUCAACAACAAAUACAUCGCGAUUCUUAUGUUUACCAUCAAGAGCGGAAAAGUUCAGCAUUUUCAGUUAGAUCACCAACGAAAAUGUCUACUUCGAAGCUUGCUAACCCCAAAUCAGGUUCAAUUACACUAGGUACCCCUAUUAUGUCUCAGCCAAGAUACGAAGUUUUAAGACAAAUACCAGAUACUAAAAUGGGCUCUAUUACUCAAGGUACGCCUGUAAUACCGCAUAACAUGCAAGAAAAGAGGGUGUUUGAUUACUUUAAUAAAAGAGGAACUGUGCCUGUACAACAAAUACAAUCAAGUCAACAAUAUUCUGGACAAUACAGGCAAGCAUAUAAUGUAGAACAACAGUUGAGUUCUCGACAAAUAAUUAUUAAUGACUACAUUACAUCCCAACAAAUGUUAGGUAGAAGAAAUGAGAAAUCACAGUUCUAUCCCACAAAUUCAACUCAUCGUACUCCGUCUCCAUCACAACCUAGCCAGCAACAACGACAAGGGGUAAUACAAAGAAAUGCAAGGCCACAGUACAUCCAACCAGGUCACGAAGCAUUAUCUUCUCUAGUUGACGUUGCAGUUCAGCAACCAUCGUUGCCAGUACCAAAUGCUCAUGAAGGUCUUGGUAAGACAAUGGCAGAUAAUAUCUUGGACCAACCACAUCGAUAUCAAAUUGUACAUCAGCAGAUUCGACAACAUCCACAAAGAGCAGAAGAACAACGACGCUCUGUGUGUCAUCAACAACAGCUGCAGCUCCAACAACCUCAACAACAGUUACAAGAGUCACAAAAGCAACAAUCACAUCAACAUUCACAACAAUCUCAUCAACAACCCCAACAGCAGAAACAAACGCAUCUACAGUCACAACCACCACAGCAAACGCAAGUACUACAAACACAACAACAACUAAUGAUAUCACAAGAUCAACCGAAACAAGACCAACAACCACAAUCUGUAAAACAACAAGAGCAGCAAGAGCAGCAACAACCCGAAGGUGAAAACCAGGAUGAAAAAAUACAGCAAUCAGAACAAGAAGAGAAAGAACAAGAAGAGGUAGACCAACAAAAACAUCAACAGAAACAACCGCAAUUACAGAAUCGACAAACGUCACGAUCUGAUAAUAGUACUUUAACUGCAGCAAGUUUAAUUGAUGCUAUAAUUACUCAUCAGAUAAAUCAAACAGCCGAAGGUAAUAGAGAAGUGGUGAAUAACACAAGGGAGCAAAGGGCAGGUGAUUUACUGUUUCAAAAAUUUCACAGAGAAGAACCUGCUUCACAAAAUAUUCAAGACAAUGGUGAAAAAUCUCCAUUGACUAUAAAUGUUGAUGUUGACGGUGAUACCUUAAACAAGAAUCUUACUGUGAAAGAACUAACUGAUUCAGUUAUUAGUCAUGACUUUAAUGCGCGACAACCUUACUAUCACAUUCAGGAAAAUAUGAACGAGCAAUGGAAACGUAGAAUUCAACAGCACAAUGAGGAUAAGCGUUCACAAACUCCUCUACAAGAUGAAAGACACGUAAUUAGAAUUACUCAGCCCCAGCAAAAAUCUAUGGAAAAGAUGGAACCAGUUUCUCCACCAGAAAGUAAUAAUUGGUCAGAACAAAAUUAUCGAAAGUACCCUACUAAUCAGCAGUCACAUAUGUCUCCUUUGGACUACGUAAAAAACAGAAUUGUAGAGGUAAUGAGAACGGAAGAUGAUAAUAAAAAAGAUUUGCAAGAGGAGGCACAUUCUCAAGAAAAAGAUCUUAGCGAUAGCCCCGGAGAAAUGGUAAUAGAUGAGGAAAAACAUGAAAAUGAUUUUAACCAACAACAAACAUCACAACAUGGUGGGUUUUAUUCUUUUGUUCAUAAAGAGACUACUGCCAGCGAAACUUCACCAAAUAACGAACCUAAACCUUUAUUAAGUUCACAAUAUGAACCACUUUCUGACGAAGACUAA